AUGGUUUGGUGGCUCAUCAAGUAUCCGAAGAAGAAAAUAAAGCUAAAUAAAAUAAAAUCACUUCUGAAUGCCUAUUACUAUCUUGUCCUCAAUGGAGCUGAUGGGGGAAACAAGUUGUCAAGAUUGCAGACAAGCUUGCACUUAAUGCGCCUAAACGUUACACCCUCUAUGCUCCAGGCUCCAGCUGCAGCUUAUAUAAAGCUAGCCAAGAUUGCAGAGCUUGCACGUGCGAAUUUCAAUGGAAGGUGCAUUUCCAAUAAGUGCAUCUACAGAAUUGAAUACGUUAGCGGUAAUUCCAGUGGUAAUGUAUUGACAGAUAGGCUAACCAUUACACAUGGCUCUGGUACAUUUGUCAAACACCUUUACAUUUUCGGAUGUGGCACUAACAAUUCUGCAGACGAGAUUGAUGGCGUUACUGGAUUAAUGGGUCUUAAUCGAAAUCCGUCAUCUUUUAUAUCUCAAACUUCCCAAGAAUACUUCUCUUAUUGUUUUCCUUCAUCUUAUAGCUCAACUGGAUAUAUAACCUUCGGCAAAACGGAUGACUAUAUCAAAAACAAGUUCAUCAAAUUCACUCCAUUAUCCACUACAUCCCAACAAUCGCCGUUUUACGAUAUUAUUGUGACCGGAAUUACUGUCGCCGGAAAAAAACUACCCGUAGCGAGUUCAGAGUAUUCUAAAUCAGGUGCAUUUAUUGAUUCGGGAUCAACCUUCACGACCCUUCCAACAUCCAUUUACGUGGCUCUGAGAUCAGCUUUCCGUAAGCAAAUGUCAAAAUAUAAGAUGAUAAAACCAGUGAAGAGUGAAGAUAUUGAUACUUGUUAUGAUUUUAGCAGUUACGAUACAGUUGUAAUACCAAAGAUUUCUAUCUUCUUCAAAGGCGAGGUUGAAUUGGAUCUGGAUGUGAAGGGAAUUAUGAUCGUAUUUAAAAAUGAUUUAAGUCAGGUGUGUUUAGCUUUUCAGCCGAAUACUGAUGACCCUUAUAUUAUCUUGGGGAACAAUCAGUUGAGGGCAAUAGAGGUGCACCAUGAUGUUGCUGGAGGGAGACUUGGGUUUGGUCCCGGUGGUUGUAGCUGA